AUGAAAGGCUUUCUUUCCUUUGCAGUCCUUGCAGUCCAUUUACUGGUGCACAGCUCCCAGGCAGUCUAUGUUCAGGAUGGAGACUUGAAAUUCUCCCUUGAGUCUGUGAAGAAACUAAAGGAGCUUAUGGAUGCCAACAAACACAGUAACCCUCGCAUGGUGGUGUCAAUGGCCAGCUAUUCUCCAUGUGAUGAAAAAGACCUCCCUGAGGAGUUUCGAUCUACGUGCAAAAGAGAAGAUGCAUCCAUGAUUUUUGAGAGGCUGAACUUGGCUGUCCAAGACACUGAUUUGUGUGAAAUCUGUGCCAAUGCUGCCUGUGCUGGUUGCUUUUGA